CAUCCGGUUCACAAUUUCCUUAUAUAGUCGCGCAAUGAAGUCUGCUCGCAUUGAGCAAGCGACCCACCCACCCCCAGCCCGAGCCACGCUGUCCACAUCGGGCGAUCUGCCCAUCCCAAGCCCGGUUCUUUAGCCGUGCACAGAGAGACAUCGGCUAACUCCUGCAUCCAGCGCGUGGGUGCGCGUGAGCGACGUGCCACUCCUCCCUCCCAGCAGACGACAGGCAGCACGUGCCAUCACAGAAUCGUUACUGCUGGAGUGAAGGGCGCGGGCCAUGGCAGAAGAUCUGAAGGAAGUACCGGUGGUGGCGAGGGGCGAGGAGAACAGGUGCAUGAACUGGUGCUUGACGGAGUUCGACUCGGAGAGUAUUGGGCUGGAGUAUGACCGGCCCCAGGAUCUGGUCACCUCACAGUGGCACUGCCGCCCCAAGUGGUACAUCACCUACCGUGUUGUGGCCGGGCUUGUCAUGCUGGUCUGGGUGUCGGGCGACAUGGCCUAUGAGACGAUCGAGUUCUACCAGGGUCAGCUCUGGAGGUGGUUCGUGUUCGCGUCCAACUGGGGCUUCGCCAGCCUGGCCGUGACGGCGGUGUUUCAAGCAGUGACCAGUGCAAUCUACGAGUACAAACCCUACUGGAUCAUGGAUCCCAUCUACAUCCGCGCCAUGCCGACGGUCCUCAAGUUCCAGUGGUUCUGGUUUAACGUCAGUAGCAACGCAGCUUUUGUAGUGACCACUGGCUACUGGGCAUUUAUUGCUUUUGUCGCAAAUGCACCCAACUUUAAAGUCAUGAUGGGCGAUAUGAAGAACAUAAUGCCCCUACUGACCAGCGACAUGUCCAGGCUGAAGCACACUGCCAACAGCAUCUAUGUACUAGCCGAUGUGCUGAUCGUAGCCUCACCUGUCCGUGUGUACCACAUGUUCUACACGGUGUUCCUGGGAUCCCUCUAUGUCGUCUUCAACGCUCUCUACUACAUCAACAAUGGCAGUCUUAUACUUCAGACGGUCGACUCUUCUAAAGGUGGGCGUGGUUAUUACUUCAUGAACUGGUCCCAGCCGGUCGAGGCCAUCUGCACGUGCAUCCUGGGUAUGAUGCUGAGUAUGCUCUCCCAGCUACUCCUGCACGGCCUCUACCACUUCCGGCUCUGGCUCCACGGGCGCCUGCACCCCGGGGGUCCGCUUGUAGACGCGGAGCUCCAGAACAUCAUCACGUCAUCGGCUAGCUACAACUCUCUCAAGGAGAGCUACGGAGAGAAAGUUUUUCUAGGAAAGAGACAAUAGGAUUUUUUUAUAAUUAUAUCCAUGUUAUACAGAUGCUACUACAAGUGCACAAUUUCGUAAUUAGGGGUUGUGACUAAAUCUGCUUUAAAAAUAACUGACGCCAGAGGACCUUCUUAAUAGGACAUAUGGAGAGGAUGUAUGUUUCUGUGAAGUAUCGACUAGUUAAUGACAUAUGGAGAGGAUGUAUGUUUGUGUGAGGUAUCGACUAGUUAAUGACAUAUGGAGAGGAUGUAUGUUUGUGUGGAGUAUCUACUAGUUAAUGACAUAUGGAGAGGAUAUAUGUUUGUGUGGAGUAUCGACUAGUUAAUGAGAUAUGGAGAGGAUGUAUGUUUGUGUGAAGUAUCGAC